GGCRUCCAGGAGAAGAAAACGCCAAGGCCACAUCCCAGACUCCUCCUGCUCAUGAAAUGCACUUUAUGGCUCUGCUGAGCCCAUUCCUGAUGAGUGCUGUGCCUGCAGSGACACUGGCAGCAGUGACAACACAUUUGGAGGCUGGGAGGACCCCGUGCUUUGUGACCACGUCACUGUCACCCAGCUGAGGUACAAGCAGCAGUUUCAGAUUUCCAUGUAGCCAAGUGCUUCACAGCAGAGCCACAGCUGUCCCAGAAGAGGGGACAGCUGGGACAGACCCCCUUGCUCUAUGCUGGGGGGUGCCCAGGGCUGAGCUAAGCACAGGAGCAGCCUGGGGGCACACACUGGUGAGCAAGACAGCGUCUGCUCUCUCCUCUGCCAACAUGAAGUUCAAAGUCUGAAUCAGUCAUUUUCUCAUUUUCCACCCAAAGGAGAACAUGGCAAUGRAGCUUUGGGCAGAAAAGGACAAAACAGAGUCUACUCCUGCUCUAGAAUAAUCUUAGGAUAAAAUCCCCGUGUCUUGAAACUGUGUUGUGAACACCCAGAAAGCUGAAAAAAAAUGGUAUUAUUUUUGGCUGAAAGUCUUUAUGGCUGAUGCAGGAGCUCUCUCAUUAGUUACUCAUUGCCUCAGCAAGUCUCGUAAAACAGCCAACAGAGCCCAGUAAAUACUUUUCUUCAGUGUUCUGGGAGCUCAGAAAUACAGGAAUUGAACGAGGCCUUGAACCCAUUUUAUGGACUCAUUUCUUACUGAACCACCAUAAAAUAUUAAAAUUCAGAUCCUAUAAAUAAGGAAGGGGAAGAASUGUGCAUUUCCCAGCAGAAGCAGCCUCUCCAGAGACUCUUCCCAAGAGCCAGCUGGGCCCCUCCGAGAUGGUGCAGAGACGCAGCCUCGCUGUCCCCUAUGGAGUGCMCGUCCUUGCCAUUUCCUUCUUGGCAUGUGUGGCCACAGGUUUGGAACUGUCUGUAAAUAACCACGCUGCUGACUUCACCCUGUCUACAAUGCUUGGCCCUCCCGUCUCCCUCUCGUGCCUUGUACACAACAGCAGCCAGGCCGAGGAGCUGCUGUGGUACCGGGGAGAUGGGCAAGUGGGUCUGAAAGAUGGCAAUAAAGUGAACAUCAGCAACAUCUGCAUAUCCCCGGUCAACGAGUCUGACAACGGAGUCACCUUCACAUGCAAGCUGGCGCGGGACAAAUCUGUGCAGGUGUCUGUGAUCCUGGAUGUCCAGUUUCCUCCCCAGCUGAGUGGAGAGGAGACCCUCCAGGUGGAAGAAGACAAAGAUGUUACUCUGUCCUGCAACUCCAAAUCCAACCCUCAAGCCCAAACCACCUGGUAUAAGGACAACCACAGGCUGACCCUGCAGCAAAGCCGGCACGAGCUGUACCAGACCAGUGAGGUCUUUCAGCUCUCCAUCAGAAAAGUACAGAAAUCUGACCACGGGACCUACACCUGUGUGGUGGAAUCACCCUUGGGAAAUGGGACAAAGGAYUUCCACCUCGUAGUUGAAGAUAAAAAACCUGUUUUUCCCACGGAGGCUGUUAUUGCUGCUGUAGUGGUGGUUACAAUCACAAUACUUUUUGGAAUUGUGGCUCGAAAAGAUAAAUUUUUUAAGUGCUUCAAGAAACAAAGAGAAAUAGCUCUGAGCUGAUUUUUCAGUUCUUCUGUUCAUUUUGCUGCAGUGCCGUUCCACAGGGUGCUGGGGUGGUGGCCACCCAAUUUCCUGCCUCUUCCCAGUGAUCCUAUGAGCCUCUCAGCUUCUGUUGCCAGGGUAAAAGCUGCCUGGCACUCAGCACUGCUGCUGCACCUCCUGUCCCCGUGGCUGAGACAAAUCCCAGCGCUUGGGGCAACCCCAAGCUCUUGAUGACACACAGUGACGUUCCAGUGUGAUUGCUCCAGUAGUGUGAUGGAUGGAAAACCUCUCCAUCGAUCCCUUCCCCCAACAAAUGUGCCACCCAAGCACUUUUCUCAAGGUCCUGGCAAGCUGUUGAGGCCUCAUMCCACCUUGGAACAGUCCAUUACUAAUACUGUCAAUAAACACUGUGCUA